CCCCCCCCCCCCCCCCCCCCCCCCCCCCCCCCCCCCCCCCCCCCCCCCCCCCCCCCCCCCCCCCCCCCCCCCCCCCCCCCCCCCCCCCCCCCCCCCCCCCCCCCCCCCCCCCCCCCCCCCCCCCCCCCCCCCCCCCCCCCCCCCCCCCCCCCCCCCCCCCCCCCCCCCCCCCCCCCCCCCCCCCCCCCCCCCCCCCCCCCCCCCCCCCCUCCCCCCCCCCCCCCCCCCCCCCCCCCCCCCCCCCCCCCCCCCCCCCCCCCCCCCCCCCCCCCCCCCCCCCCCCCCCCCCCCCCCCCCCCCCCCCCCCCCCCCCCCCCCCCCCCCCCCCCCCCCCCCCCCCCCCCCCCCCCCCCCCCCCCCCCCCCCCCCCCCCCCCCCCCCCCCCCCCCCCCCCCCCCCCCCCCCCCCCCCCCCCCCCCCCCCCCCCCCCCCCCCCCCCCCCCCCCACCCCCCCCCCCCCCCCCCCCCCCCCCCCCCCCCCCCCCCCCCCCCCCCCCCCCCCCCCCCCCCCCCCCCCCCCCCCCCCCCCCCCCCCCCCCCCCCCCCCCCCCCCCCCCCCCCCCCCCCCACCCCCCCCCCCCCCCCCCCCCCCCCCCCCCCCCCCCCCCCCCCCCCCCCCCCCCCCCCCCCCCCCCCCCCCCCCCCCCCCCCCCCCCCCCCCCCCCCCCCCCCCCCCCCCCCCCCCCCCCCCCCCCCCCCCCCCCCCCCCCCCCCCCCCCCCCCCCCCCCCCACCCCCCCCCCCCCCCCCCCCCCCCCCCCCCCCCCCCCCCCCCCCCCCCCCCCCCCCCCCCCCACCCCCCCCCCCCCCCCCCCCCCCCCCCCCCCCCCCCCCCCCCCCCCCCCCCCCCCCCCCCCCCCCCCCCCCCCCCCCCCCCCCCCCCCCCCCCCCCCCCCCCCCCCCCCCCCCCCCCCCCCCCCCCCCCCCCCCCCCCCCCCCCCCCCCCCCCCCCCCCCCCCCCCCCCCCCCCCCCCCCCCCCCCCCCCCCCCCCCCCCCCCCCCCCCCCCCCCCCCCCCCCCCCCCCCCCCCCCCCCCCCCCCCCCCCCCCCCCCCCCCCCCCCACCCCCCCCCCCCCCCCCCCCCCCCCCCCCCCCCCCCCCCCCCCCCCCCCCCCCCCCCCCCCCCCCCCCCACCCCCCCCCCCCCCCCCCCCCCCCCCCCCCCCCCCCCCCCCCCCCCCCCCCCCCCCCCCCCACCCCCCCCCCCCCCCCCCCCCCCCCCCCCCCCCCCCCCCCCCCCCCCCCCCCCCCCCCCCCCCCCCCCCCCCCCCCCCCCCCCCCCCCCCCCCCCCCCCCCCCCCCCCCCCCCCCCCCCCCCCCCCCCCCCCCCCCCCCCCCCCCCCCCCCCCCCCCCCCCCCCCCCCCCCCCCCCCCCCCCCCCCCCCCCCCCCCCCCCCCCCCCCCCCCCCCCCCCCCCCCCCCCCCCCCCCCCCCCCCCCCCCCCCCCCCCCCCCCCCCCCCCCCCCCCCCCCCCCCCCCACCCCCCCCCCCCCCCCCCCCCCCCCCUCCCUCCCUCUCUCCCUAGCAACCAGCAGACCAGACGGGACAAUAACGACUCCAUUCACACAGAGGGUUCGUUACCAGAGCCAUAUACAGCCUUAAAAGAAGUUGCCUUGAGGGUGCAACAUAGCAUUUACAUUUCCUGCAUUCACCGGCCCAUCAAACCUUCCCCAGUUUUAUUGCAGGAGCUAAAACCUGGAUCGCCCCAUCAUACUAACGACGUUCUCUUGCGUGGCUUCCCUGAUCGCAAAUUGGAAAGCUGA